ACGGCCCUGGCCUGGUGAUCACUUCUUUCCUUUCCCCCCUUUUAGUCCAGACCUCCCCGACGGCAACACAUAAUAUUGCGAAGCAGGUUAGUUUGGGAGGUAGACGCUCGACUCAUGAACCUAACGGCCUUUGUUACGCCUAGAGCAGGACCACAGCAGAGUCCAAGAGGGCGAGAGAUCAGUGAGAUUAUACCCAUAUACCUACUUCUGAAUAUACCCAUGUACAUACAUUACUUUGCACAUACCUUACUCUACACCGAAGACAACCGACAUUUCGGUUUUUCGGUUUCAUGCUUUUGGGGGAAAUGGCUUCGUCAGCGCACCCCCCCUCCUUUUUUUUUUCUUCUUCCUUUUUCUUCCUUUCUCUCUCUCUCUCUCUCCUUUUUUUACUUUCUUUUUUUCCCUUGAAUUUCUUGUCUUCACUUAAAUCCUGUUUCCUCCGAUUUUCCAUUUAGUUAAUGUAAUAAUGGACCCCAACUACACAGCAUUUGCGCGCUUCUUCGAGCAUAUAAUAUGCAUA